CCCACCCCCCCUUUUUUAUUAAUUCCCUCCGACGAUCCCUUCCACUGGAAAGCCUAAGGGGCGCGCCGCCGCUUCGUUUCCCGUCAAUCAACCAUCACUUUUACUUUACUCUACACAACUCUUUUUCCACUCCUUCCUUUCUACUGCUAGGUACUAGUCAUUUCCCGUCUCUCUCUUUCUGCCCCUUCGCACGUUUCCUUUCCUUUCCUUACUCUUUCUUCUUUCUUUCCGCCACACACCCCUCCUUGGAUCGGAAAAAAGAACGAAAGGUCAAAUGAAAGAGACAAGGGCAUUUCGCCAUCCACACAAGCUAAAAUACUAGUCCCAACGGUCUAAUCUGUCUCCAUAACUGCAUCUCCGAAAUCUCCUGCAAUAAAAAUCCCCCUCCAAUCGUCACCGGCCCCCUGACCGACUUCCGAGGCAUCGCUGUUUCACAAACCACCAGCUGGGAUUUUUUUUUUUAUUUUUUUUUAUUUUCUUGUUUGCUAGCUCGGCGCUUGCGAUCGAUUAUCGCAUUAUUAGAGCUCUCCUUUAUUUCCCGUGAUCGUGUUUUAUGCUUCCCCUGUCAUCCCCAAUCGUCGCUUUUCACUCGCCCAUCCUCGUGGACGCAUUGCGUGUUCCGCCAACAUGAAUGCCUCUCAGCAACCUCCCACGCUCUCGUAUGCUUAUCCACCCGCCAUGGCGCUGGGUCCGCAAGUCUCCCCAGUUCGUCAGCCGUCGCCACAAGUCCCAGGGGUGAAUCUGGGCUCCAACAACCCCUUCAGAAACCGUGCUCUCUCACCCUCGAACUCGAUUACCUCAGGUAGUCGCCCAGAACGACCAACCUCGACGAAUCCUUUCCUCGACGAUUACGGACCCCUGUCGCCACAGUCGGCACCCACUGGCACUGGAAGCAUGGUGUCCCCUAUCGAUCGGGCCGAUAUGACGAAUAAUACGCGCGACCUCUUUGAAAACCUCUCGCUCAACUCCAACCCAGCUCCUCAACCAACGGGCUACCAACCCGCUCCGUCUCGCCCCGAUCGGCCUUUCCAGAAUGGUGGUGCUUCGAGCAGUCACCGCCCAACUACGUCGAGGGAUCGUCCGCAGCGCCGGGAGAAAGAUCCGCUAGACAUCUUCGCUGACCCGCCGAGUGCAGGCCUGCCGAGGCCCCGGGACCGUGACCGUGACCGCCGCCCUCGUCGGAACUCCGAGUCGUCCAUCAUGGAGCGUCCCAAGCUGCUCGACCCAGAAGACGAGCGGCGCCGACGGGAGAGGAGGCGGCGGGAACGGGAAGCCCGUCAUCGGGAUGGCAAGCCUCGUUCCUCGAAGAAGGCCAACUACCAACUCGACAUUAUUGACAAGCUCGACGUGACUAGUAUCUACGGCACAGGAAUGUUCCAUCACGAUGGACCGUUUGAUGCGUGCAACCCGAACCGUAACCGCAAGGGUGUACGCACAGCCCCCAUGCAAGCCUUCCCUGCAGAUUCUGCCAACAUGGCCUUGGGAGGCGCGGGUCCCGUCAACCAGAACCUUAAUCUGGACCUGUUCCAUGGACGGUCGGAGCAAGGCUAUAACGAUUAUGGCGCAGUCGAGACUCGUAAAACAGAAGGCGUUAACUUCGAUCCCACGUCGCGGAUCGAGCCGGUGCAUGGCGAACAGAGUAUGGGCUUAGGAACCAGCACCUUCUUGGAUGGGGCUCCUGCCAGUAAAGCCGCCAUCCAACGCCGUGAGAGCGAGAAUGAUCAACAGAUCAAACAAGGGGCGGGGGGUCUGCAACGGAAAAAGAGUUUGGCACAGCGGCUCCGUGGGGUGGGCAACCGCCCGUCCAACGGCCGUGUGGUAUCACCUGAAGCAUCAUAUAUGGCACCCGCGGGCUCCGGCCAUAUCGGAACGAUCAAAGCCAACGAGAAGAACCCAUUCUUCCAGGAUUACGACGAUGCGUGGGAGAAGAAAGGUGCUCGAAUCGCCGAGGAAUCACAAGGACUGGGACGAGCUCGUUCUUCUAGCAGUCCGAAGCAAAGUUCCGGCCUGGAGCGGAGACACACAGAGGACCGAUCAUAUGGAUACGACGAGGGUCGUAAUGCCAACGGGAGUGGUGGCGGCGGCGGCUUUAUCAAUCGGAUGAAGAGCUUGCGCAAGCCCCGUCCCGAGAGACGAAUUAGUGACGACUGAAGGUCUUGAGAUGUCCUUUUAUCAUCUUUAUUCUGUACUCCUUGCAUUGGGACCGCACGACUGGUCAUUGGGGAAGGCACAGAUGGAAGAACACUGGAUCGCAUCAUUUCACAGCCCACCAGGAGAGUUUCCAAAUGCAGAUAGCAAUGUGGUUUGGUCUAGUACCUCAGGAAACCUUUCAUCGAUUGACAAUGGGAUAUCAUGACUACUACGAUGAUGCCCUGUGAAUCUGGUGGGAAAGUCCAUUCCCGCAGGAGGGGAUGGCAGGGACAGGCGAACAUAGGAUAGCCUGGGGCUGUAUAUGGUGGGUGGUACAUGGUUUCUCUUAUUUAUUCACUUGGCAGCGCGGACGAAAAUGGACGGCGUUGGUUGAUGGUUAGUCUGGGGCUGGGAAAGGAUGCCUUGGGCCUGGUUUUCUGUGGUUUCUAUGUGGUUUCUUCCUUUUCUCUUCAGUAGUUUAUCUCAAAUCACAUGCUGUAUGUCUUAUCUGACUGAUAGUUGAACUCGGUAUUGACAACAUUCAAUCAACUUCGCAAAUGCACCAGAACACAAUAAA